UUCGAAUUUGUUUAAUUAGUCUAUGGUUUGUUUUGGCGCAUUGUAUGAAAGUUAUUUUGUAAUAUUUUCUUGUAAAUGUAUUUUUAAAAGUGCAUAAAUGAAGCUACUUACAUUACCUUCGUUUUUAUUACUAUUUUUUGAAACGGCAAUUCUAAGUAAUUUCGUGACUGCUGAUACUAACGUACACUACCUGGACAACAAUGAAUUUUUUAAAUUUAGUAAUCCCAGACAAAUAUAUGGAACAAAACCGCUACACAUAUUUUGUUAUCAAGGAAAACCAAAAUAUAUUAUUCACAUUUGGCAGAGUGUUAUUUUAUACAUUAAUCAUUCAACUGAUGACUAUAAUCAGUUUGAUGGAGGUUCACCUGAACAUGUCGAAAAAGAGUACUUGGAAAAGAGAUACAGUUGGACUAGCGGGCUUUUCUCUUCAAAAUCGAAAACCUUUCAUUUGAAUCCUUUUAAUACAAGCUGUAUUGGUAUUGAAAGUCAGGAUACCUAUUCUGUUCAUUUAAAAAUUAUAAGAGUGGAUUUGUGGAACAUUUUGAAGUUGGUUGCCGGUAUAGUGUUUUUUCUUAGUGCACCCACUCUAAGUAAAAAUACAUUGUUUCAUUAUGUUUGUGGUGUUUCAUCUGGAGUGUGUGCCUCAUUCUUAAUUCUGAUUUAUUUUCUCAGCAAAUUAUUUCCUAGGAAGACAUUUAUGUAUGGAGUUAUUGGAGCAGGAUGGACUCUUGUUAUUUACUUUCUCCAGAUAUUAUGGGACAAUAUGAAAACUAUAUUAUCUCUUUAUCGGACAUAUGUCAUUUGGUAUAUAGUUAUUACAGGAACUAUAAGUUUUAUAUUAUGUUAUCGAUGGGGGCCUGUCCAAAAUCAGAGAACCAUGAAUUUAAUCAAAUGGAGUUUACAAUUAUUAGGUCUUUUAUUGAUAUUUUUCAGUAGUCAUUUUCAAGAAGCUGCUAUGGCUCAAGUGAUAUUGUUGCUUCUGUUCACAUAUGUACCUAAAAGGUGGGUUUUGGCCCCAAAAAUGUAUUGGAAGAAAAGAUUUCCACCAAAGUUGAAACCAAUAUCGAACGAUGAAUAUUAUGAACAAGGGGUACGAGAAACAGCAAAAGCUUUGGACGAUUUAAGAAAAUACUGUUCCAGUCCUGAAUGUAAUCAGUGGAAAACUGCAUUAAAAUUAAAAGACGUUAAAAGGUUUGCCUCAUUCAUUGAAGGCAACUCUCAUCUCUCUGAUGAGGAAAUUCUGGAAUACGAAACGUCGAUUAGAGAAGAAGUGACAGAUGACAGUGAUAAUGGGGAAGAUGCUCAAUUUUCGGAAGAUGAAAGUAGUUAAGUUUCUAAAGACUGAUUUACUUACUAACGAAGUUUAAAUUUGUGUAGUUUGUCUUAUCAUUUAAGUGUAAAUAAGUAAAUUAGAAUGUUUAAUAUUUAUUUUCGUUCUUACAUCUCAUUUUGUAAUUUUAACACUACUGUAAAAUACCACAUGUAAGUUACUUUUAAUAAAGGACCAUUUUGUAAAAAUGUUA